AUGGGGGACGAUCCGGGAAGGCUAUAUCAUUUGGAUGGGGUUGCUCAUAUACCCGGGGUCAUCAACGACGAGCCCCAGCGAUGCAUCUCGAGCAUGCGGUGGCAGCAGAGCAUGCAACUCGAUGACCGGUACGUUCCAUACUUGCAGAUGGCCGGAUUAUACCAUCUGGCGAGAUUGAACGAUAAAUGGUUCCGUCUAGAUGAGCCCCUUGUCAGUGCCUUCGUCAAGCGGUGGCGUCUGGAAACGCACACCUUCCACAUGCCGUUCGGAGAGUGCACGAUCACUCUUCAGGACGUGGCCUACCAGUUGGGGUUGCCAGUGGACGGACGUUAUGUCAGUGGUUGCCUGACAGAUUUUCAUGAGACUUUUGGAGAGUGCCCCGCAGGAGCCGAUGAGGAGACAGUGAGGCGCUUUGCUCGUGCCUAUAUCAUGAUGCUCUUAGGCACCCAGUUGUUUGCCGACAAGUCCGGCAACAGCAUUCACAUCAGAUGGCUACCGUACGUGGCGAGACUUGAGGAGAUGGGUGGAUACAGCUGGGGGUUGGCGGCACUAGCAUGGUUGUACAGGUGCAUGUGCCGAGUGGCCAACAGGCAUGUGGUGAAGUUAGCAGGCCCGUUACAGUUGCUUCAGUCCUGGAUCUUCUGGCGCUUUCCUGGAUUUAGGCCUGCUGGUUAUGAUGAGUUCAGCUGGUCCUUGGCCUCGAGGUGGUCAGGUCACAAUCCUUCCAGUAGCGAGAAGGGACCUCGGGUGCAGAUGUGGCGACUCAGAAUAGACAUGCUGCGUCCAGGGAUAUGA